AUGGGAAAGGCGGUAUCUAAGCUAUCGAAAGAUGACCUCAAAUCGCUUCGACUGGCAACAUAUUUCGACAAAAGAGAGUUACAGCAAUGGUAUAAAGGGUUCUUGAGAGACUGUCCCUCAGGACAGUUGUCAGAAGAAGAAUUUGCUAAGGUUUUUAAACAGUUCUUUCCCUUUGGUGAUCCCACUGACUAUUGCCACUAUCUUUUUAGAGUAUUCGAUGUGGAUAACUCCAAGUACAUAGACUUCAAAGAAUUUAUAAUUGCGCUAUCCAUAACGAGCCGUGGGUCGCUCGAACAAAAAUUAAAUUGGAGUUUCAAGUUGUACGAUUCUAAAAAAGCAGGUAAAUUGAGCUACAAGGAUAUAGUGGUAGUGACAUCUGCUAUUUAUAAAAUGAUAGGCUCAAUGGUACUGCUUCCUGAAGACGAGAAGACACCAGAAGCAAGAGCAACUAAAUUUUUCACGCUUCUUGAAAAGGAUAAAGAUGUAGAUACGAUCAAUUUAGACGAUUUUAAGAGAUUGCUGAAAUUGGAUCCCUCCAUUACGAACGCAUUGAAUUCAUACGAAGGUUUGGUAUAA